CCAGGUGCCGCCAGUGUGCUCAGCGAUGGCGUCUGCUCGGUGGCCCUGCCUCAUCUUGGCUCUGCUCUCCGGUGUGGCGGUCUCUGGCUUCCCUAGAAGAUUAUGCCGGCUACUUGGGAAACGGAGCCUCCCGGAAGGGGUGGUCGAUGGCAUCGAAGUCUACGGCACCAAGGUCCACUGCAAGGUGACCUCCCGCUUCGCUCACAAUGUCGUCACCACCAGGGCCGUCAACCACGCAGACACUGCCAAGGAGGUUUCUUUCAAUGUGGAGCUGCCCAAGACAGCCUUCAUCACCAACUUCACCUUCUCUCUAUCCCUGCAGGACCAUUGAUGGUGUUACCUACCCUGGGAAUGUCAAAGAGAAGGAAGUUGCCAAGAAGCAGUAUGAAAAGGCCGUGUCCCAGGGCAAGACAGCUGGCUUGGUCAAGGCCUCUGGGAGGAAGCUGGAGAAAUUCACCGUCUCAGUCAAUGUGGCUGCAGGCAGCAAGGUCACCUUUGAGCUAACCUACGAGGAGCUGCUGAAGAGGCACAAGGGCAAGUACGAGAUGUACCUCAAGGUCCAGCCCAAGCAACUGGUCAAGCACUUUGAGAUCACAGCAGACAUCUUCGAGCCCCAGGGCAUCAGUACGCUGGAUGCUGAAGCCUCAUUCAUCACCAAUGACCUCUUGAGCAGCGCUCUCACCAAGUCCUUCUCAGGGAAAAAGGGCCACGUGUCCUUCAAGCCCAGCUUGGAUCAACAACGUUCAUGCCCAACGUGUACGGACUCCCUCCUCAAAGGAGAUUUUAUCAUCACCUAUGACGUGAACAGAGAGUCUCCAGCCAAUGUGCAGAUCGUCAAUGGCUACUUCGUGCACUUCUUUGCACCUCAAGGCCUUCCGGUGGUGCCCAAGAACGUGGUCUUCGUGAUUGACGUCAGUGGCUCCAUGCACGGUCGGAAAAUGGAGCAGACAAAGGAUGCCCUCCUCAAAAUUCUGGAGGAUGUGAAAGAGGAUGACUACCUGAAUUUCAUCCUGUUCAGUGGAGGUGUGACCACUUGGAAAGACACUUUAGUUCAAGCCACUCCUGAGAACAUCCAGGAGGCCAGGAAAUUUGUGAUGAAUAUUCGUGACCAAGGAAUGACCAACAUCAAUGACGCGCUGCUGAAGGGCAUCAGUAUGCUGAACAAGGCCCGGGAGGAGUACAGAGACCUGGAGAGGAGCACCUCCAUCGUCAUCAUGUUGACCGACGGGGACGCCAAUGUGGGUGAAAGCAGACCUGAAAAAAUCCAAGAGAAUGUGCGGAAUGCCAUUGGUGGCAAGUUCCCCUUAUAUAACCUGGGCUUUGGCAACAAUCUGAAUUAUAACUUCCUGGAGCGUAUGGCCCUGGAGAACCACGGGCUUGCCCGCCGCAUUUAUGAGGAUUCCGAUGCCAACGUGCAGUUGCAGGGCUUCUAUGAGGAGGUGGCCAACCCGCUGCUGACAGAUGUGGAGAUGGAGUACCCUGAGAACGCCAUCCUGGACCUCACCCAGAACAGUUACCAGCACUUCUACGACGGCUCUGAGAUUGUGGUGGCUGGGCGCCUGGCAGAUGAGGACAUGAACAGCUUUAAGGCGGACGUGAAGGGCCACGGGGCCAUCAACGACCUGACAUUCACUGAGGAGCUGGACAUGAAGGAGAUGGAGAAGGCCCUGAAGGAGCGGGACUACAUUUUUGGGAACUACAUUGAGCGGCUCUGGGCCUACCUCACUAUCGAGCAGCUGCUGGAGAAAUGCAAGAAUGCCCAUGGCGAGGAGAAGGAGGACCUCACAGCCCAGGCCUUGGACCUGUCCCUCAAGUACCACUUCGUGACUCCACUGACCUCCAUGGUGGUGACCAAGCCUGAGGACAACGAGAACAAGACAGCCAUUGCCGACAAGCCUGGGGAAGGGCCUGUGGAUGCAGAAGUGAUCCCCUCCAUGGCUUACCUGACCAACUACCAGCCUCCCCAGACACCCUACUACGUGGAUGGGGACCCCCACUUCAUCAUCCAAGUUCCAGAGAAGGAUGAUGCCAUCUGCUUCAACAUUGACGAAGACCCAGGCACAGUGCUGCGCCUCAUUCAGGACCCUGUCACAGGCCUCACAGUUAACGGGCAGAUCAUUGGUGAGAAGAGAAGCAGCCUGGACUCCCAGACCAGAAAGACUUACUUUGGCAAGCUGGGCAUUGCCAAUGCUCAGAUGGACUUCCAGAUUGAGGUGACACCGGAUAGGAUCACCCUGUGGCAUGGGGCUGCACAGAGCACGUUCAGCUGGCUGGACACGGUCACGGUCACACAGGAUGGACUGUCUGUGACGAUCGACAAGAAGAACAUGGUGGUCUCCUUUGGAGAUGGGGUUACUUUUGUGGUUGUCUUGCAUCAGGUGUGGAAGAAACAGCCCAUCCACCAUGACUUCCUGGGCUUCUAUGUGGUGGACAGUCAUCGGAUGUCAGCACAGACACAUGGGCUGCUGGGACAAUUCUUCCACCCCUUUGACUUUAAAGUGUCUGACGUCCACCCAGGCUCUGACCCCACAAAGCCAGAUGCCACAAUGGUGGUGAAGAACCAUCGGCUGACAGUUACCCGGGGCUCCCAGAAGGACUACAGGAAGGACGUCAGCGUUGGCACAAAAGUUGCCUGCUGGUUCGUCCACAACAAUGGGCAAGGGCUGAUUGACGGCGUCCACAGCAACUACAUUGUCCCCAGCCUGUUCUGAGUGGACAUGCCAGCUCCUACUGAGGCGGCUGGCAGGGCUUGCAUGGCAUCUGGAACAGAGGCACAGAGUGGGGCCUGAUGGAGGGCUGUGACAGUAAAGGCCAAGGAGAAACCGGA